GGCUCCUGUCAGCCUGCUGUAGCUGUCGGCGCUAGCUAGCUUGAGUCAGCUCUGUAGCCUUCAGUAAUGACUGUCUCUACCUCAGUGACAACUAGUCAGUGUUAAUAUAACGUAGCUGUAACUGUCGAAGGCAAUGGGGCUGCCGCAGAGCUCGUUUUUGUCGGACGGGGGAACUCAGAGUGGAUAUCAUGUUCACGGGGUUCAAGAGGGCUCACCAGCUCAGAGGGCUGGUCUGGAGCCCUUCUUUGACUUCGUUCUCUCCAUAGGACAUACAAGACUCAACAAAGAAAGCGACUUGCUGAAAGACCUUCUAAAAGCCAAUGUGGAGAAAGCGGUCAAACUUGAAGUGUACAACUCUAAAACCCAGCGGGUGAGGGAACUGGAGGUGAUACCCAGUAACAUGUGGGGUGGGCAGGGACUGCUGGGCGCUAGUGUCCGCUUCUGCAGCUUUGAAGGAGCCAAUGAGAACGUUUGGCACGUCCUGGAUGUGGAAGCCGGCUCUCCUGCAACUUUGGCCGGCCUUAUCGCUCACGAUGACUUCAUCGUGGGAGCUGACCAGGUGUUGCAAGAUUCGGAGGAUUUCUUUUCUUUGAUUGAAGCCAAUGAGGGGAAACCUCUAAAACUGCUGGUGUACAACACACAGACUGAGCGAUGCAGAGAGGUCGUGGUGACUCCAAAUGGAGCGUGGGGAGGAGAGGGAAGCUUAGGCUGUGGCAUUGGCUAUGGCUACUUGCACAGAAUCCCGACUCGUCCAGCUCAGCCUAACACCCAGAACAAACAGGCUAUGCAAUCCACUGUGAUCGACAGCAACGAAGAGCUGGUUGUAAGCGACCACACUGAGGUGCCUUCAGUGGAAUCAUGUAGCCCCUCUAGCGCCAGUGAAAUAGAUGUGAAUCAAACCGGAGAGGCUAUGCAGGACUUGUGUGUACCCUCGCCCACACAGCCACCUGUGGACUUAGAUAUUUCCAACAUACCGGAAGCGAUGACUCCAGACUUGUCAGACAUGGUUUCCGCCAUUGACGUGAGCCAGACUUCCACGUUUGCCAAUUACGGAGACAACACUGGUGAUCAGUGUAGCUUGGAUACCUCAUCUCUUGACCAAAGACCUCCAUCUCCAGAGAAUGAGGGACAAUCAGACAUGCAGGAGCAUGUUAUUGACCUGAUUACUCCCUCUUCUCCAAGCAGAGAGACUGUGAAUGACCUUGUACUCCUCGAAGUCAACACAGACAACCUGAGUUUCACCAGUGUCCCAGAGGUGCAAGAUACUAGCUCUGAGCCUUUAAGCUCGGCCAAUAUUUUGGAAGAAGAGUCUGCGCAGACGGCUGCACCAUACAGUUAAGCAGACAGUUGUACCACAGUAUAAGUAUAGUUGAACUCAUAACUGAUGCUAGUUGCAUAAGAGAAGAUUUAGAGCACAUUACGAUACAGAAAGCUUCCCUUAUGAUUGUAAGUUGCACCACUGGACCUGAGUUUUAAUAGAAUUUUAUUUAUAUACAGUUGCCAUUGCUGCAUGCAGAAUUGCACAUUGAAGAAUGAUAUUAUGUUGACUGAAAAAAGACAGUUAAUACAUUAUGAAUGUACUCUUUGAUUUAGGCAUACUGUAUGUCUCAACAUCAGGAAGGAUGAAGCCUUAGUUUAGCUGCUGUUAAAGGUCAUCCUAGUUUGCACUAAAAAGCCAAAGGUAAAUAUUAUUUUGUCUUGUUGCGCUCACCAUUACCACCUGUUGAACAUUAUGAAACACUGUUAAAAAAAGGAAAGACUGAGCUGGGGGUUCACACAGAUCCAUUAUGUGCUUUUAUUUUUUAAUAUUUUGGAAUUUUGGUUGUGGAUGUUUUUGUGUAUUUCUCUGUGGGUUGAGGUUAAGAUGAGUACACAUGUGAAAAAGAGUUUUUAUAAUCUCAGGCAUUUAGCAUUAAAGCCUCUUUGCCUUACGUCUCAUUUUAAAUACGGUUAUGUGUAGGUUUGACUUUUGAUUGGUGUAAAUGAGCGAGCCAUGUCAGAUGCAGCUCUGUGAUUGUUUUCCGUUCCUUCUCUUUACAUAUAGAUUUUAAUUAAAUUGUGUUGAAGGAUUUUUAUGGAUGGAGAGAAGUGUUCAAAUAUUUAUAAAAGAUGAUGUUCAAGAUAAA